UGUGGUCGUUAAGUGUCGCAGGUAGCACGCCAGUGGAUCAUAAAAUACAAAAGCACUUUUUGCUUUUUCUUCUUCUCCUUUUUUUCAUUUGAGGUUCACAAGAGUAAAAAAGCUAAAAAUCAGUCAAAAUGUGUGAUGAUGAUGCAGGAGCCUUAGUUAUUGACAACGGAUCGGGAAUGUGCAAGGCCGGAUUCGCUGGUGAUGAUGCACCACGUGCCGUGUUCCCAUCGAUCGUUGGCCGACCACGUCAUCAGGGUGUGAUGGUCGGCAUGGGCCAAAAGGAUUGCUAUGUCGGUGAUGAAGCCCAAAGCAAACGUGGUAUCCUUACAUUGAAAUACCCAAUUGAGCACGGUAUCAUCACUAACUGGGAUGAUAUGGAGAAGAUCUGGCAUCAUACAUUCUACAAUGAAUUGCGUGUAGCGCCCGAAGAGCAUCCAGUACUCUUGACCGAAGCUCCAUUAAAUCCAAAGGCCAAUCGUGAAAAGAUGACUCAAAUCAUGUUUGAAACCUUCAAUUCACCAGCUGUUUAUGUUGCCAUCCAAGCCGUUUUGUCAUUGUAUGCUUCCGGUCGUACAACUGGUAUUGUCUUAGACUCUGGUGACGGUGUAUCACACACUGUCCCAAUUUACGAAGGUUACGCAUUGCCACAUGCUAUUUUGCGUUUGGAUUUGGCCGGUCGUGAUUUAACCGAAUUCUGCAUGAAAAUCCUCACCGAACGUGGCUACUCAUUCACCACCACAGCCGAACGGGAAAUUGUGCGCGAUGUAAAGGAAAAAUUGUGCUACGUUGCAUUGGACUUUGAACAAGAAAUGGGAACAGCAGCCGCAUCGUCAUCGCUUGAAAAAUCAUAUGAAUUGCCAGAUGGUCAAGUCAUCACCAUUGGUAAUGAACGUUUCCGUUGCCCAGAAGCCUUGUUCCAACCAUCAUUCUUGGGUAUGGAAUCGGCUGGUAUUCACGAAACCGUUUACAAUUCAAUCAUGAAGUGCGAUGUUGACAUCCGAAAGGACUUGUAUGCCAACACUGUACUCUCAGGCGGUACCACCAUGUAUCCAGGUAUUGCUGAUCGUAUGCAAAAGGAAAUCACCGCAUUGGCACCAUCAACUAUUAAGAUCAAGAUUAUUGCACCACCCGAACGUAAAUACUCCGUAUGGAUUGGUGGUUCAAUUUUGGCUUCAUUGUCUACCUUCCAAACCAUGUGGAUCUCGAAGGCUGAAUACGAUGAAAGCGGACCAGGCAUUGUUCACCGCAAAUGCUUCUAGAUGUAACACUUCAUUAAUUCGUGCAACGCAGCUUUUUCAUUUCAAAAGUCGUUUACUUCUGACAACAACAAUCAUCAUAUUAUACAGUCAUUAUAAUAUAUACGCAUAAUAAACUCUCUUUUUUUAACGAUCCAAGGACUCACCAGUCAUCGUUUUCCAAGAAAAACAACAUCAAUACGAAAAUAAUAACAAUAUUCAUGUAAAACAGUGCUACAAUUGUCCAAUCAACACAAAAGUCAGCCAAAAGAAAGUCUCGAUCAUCUUUUUUUCUUUCUCUUUCACUUUUUCUCUCUCAUUCUCUCUGUUUAUAUAAUUAUGGUCUUUUGUAAUUUUAUUGAAAACAAAAAAAUACAUAUAAUUUACAAAAAAAACCGA